CGCGAGCCGGCCACAGCGCCACUGCCCCGAGACCGAGCACCGGCUCCCAGCACAGUGCCCGCCGGGCCAGCACCAGGCGAUCUCCCCGUGGCCGGGCACCUCGGCCGCCGCUCUGGCGCCACCCGCCCGGCGCCAUGACCUUCUCGGAGCUCGUGGACCGCGUGGGCAGCAUGGGCCCCUUCCAGCUGCUCAACAUGGUGCUGCUGGGAUUCCCCAUCCUGGGCAUGGCCAACCACAACCUGCUGCAGAUCUUCACGGCCAUCACCCCUGCCCACCACUGCCGCCCGCCCCCCAACGCCUCCUCGGGGCCCUGGGUGCUGCCCACGGACCCCAAUGGGAAGCCUGAGCCGUGCCUCCGCUUCCUCUACCCGCCCAACGCCAGCCUGCCCAACGACACGCAGGCAGCCACCGAGCCAUGCCUGGACGGCUGGGUGUACGACAUCAGCACCACGGACUCCAUUGUGACCGAGUGGGAUCUGGUGUGCCACUCGAACAAACUGAAGGAGAUGGCCCAGUCUAUCUUCAUGGCGGGCAUCCUGGUCGGCGGGCUGGUUCUGGGAGACCUGUCCGACAGGUUUGGCCGCAAACCCAUCCUGACCGGUAGUUACCUGCUGCUGGCCGCUGGGGGCUCUGGCGCCGCCUUCAGCCCCACCCUCCCCUUCUACAUGGUCUUCCGCUUCCUGUGUGGCUGUGGCAUCUCGGGGAUUACCCUCAGCACCGUGAUCCUGAAUGUCGAGUGGGUGUCCACCCGGAUGCGGGCCAUCAUGUCCACGGCGAUUGGUUAUUUCUACACCAUCGGCCAGUUCAUUCUGCCCGGCCUGGCCUAUGCCAUCCCCCAGUGGCGCUGGCUCCAGCUCACGGUGUCCAUCCCCUACUUCAUCUGCUUCCUGCUGUCCUGGUGGGUCCCAGAGUCCGUUCGCUGGUUGGUCCUGUCUGGAAAGUCCAUGAAGGCCUUGAAGACGUUGCGGUGGGUGGCGGCCUUCAACGGCAAGAAGGAGGAGGGGGAGAAACUCAGCCUUGAGGAAAUCAAACUCAACCUGCAGAAGGAGAUUUCUCUGGCCAAGGCCAAGUACAGCGUCGCCCACCUGAUCCGGACGCCCAUCCUGCGCCGCGUGACCUUCUGUCUUUCCCUGGCCUGGUUUGCCACUGGUUUCGCCUACUACAGCUUGGCUAUGAGCGUGCAAGAAUUCGGAGUCAACCUCUACCUGCUCCAGUUCAUCUUCGGAGGGGUCGACAUCCCUUCCAAGUUCAUCACCAUCCUCACCAUGAGCUAUCUGGGCCGCCACAUCACCCAGGCCUUUGCCCUCCUACUGGCAGGAGCCUCCAUCCUGGCGCUCACGUUUGUGCCCUCCGACAUACAGAUCCUGAGGACUGUCCUGGCUGUGUUUGGGAAAGGAUGCUUGUCUAGCUCCUUCAGCUGCCUCUUUCUCUAUACCAGUGAGCUAUACCCCACGGUCAUCCGGCAAACGGGCAUGGGCAUCAGCAACCUGUGGGCACGCAUCGGGAGCAUGUUGGCGCCCCUGGUGAAGAUCACAGGGGAGCUACAGCCCUUCAUCCCCAACAUCAUUUUCGGGACGGUGGCCCUCGUGGGAGGCAGUGCUGCCAUCUUCCUGCCGGAGACCCUCAACCGGCCCUUGCCAGAGACCAUCGAAGACGUGGAAAAUUGGUCCCUUCGGGCCAAGGAGCCGAUGCGGGAGUCUGAGAAUGACAAAGCUGUCCAGAGGAUCCCGCUCCAGCCCUCUGAGCCAGGCCUGCACUCCAGCUGAAGACCACCCAGCACCCCCUUGUUUUCCUGGCCUCCAGAGACUAAUUGAAGCCAGACAGCCCACCCCCUGUGCCCCCAGUCUGCCACUAGCCUGCACAGGUGUCUGGACAGGUCUGCGCUUCCUCAGACAAAGUCUUCUGGGGGCUCUGUGAAGGCAAACCCUCCAGCAGGCCAGCACCAAGCUCACGGCCUGCCCUGGGCAGCUCCAUGGUUGGGACAUAGGCCACCCCCAACUCUCCACCCUCCCCCUCUUCCUCCCUGCACCCCAGUCCCUGAUGUUCUGUCCAGACUCUUCCCACCGGCCACUUCUGUCCCAUGGCUCCACCUCCCCCACUCUCCUGAACAUUCCCCGGACCACCAGGCUCAAUCCUAAUGAAGAAAACAUCCCCUUCUUGACACC